CCAUGUAGUGCCGGGAUCGCGAGCUGCGGGCGUCACCGUGGCCGGGGGGAGCCAUGCCGGCUCCGUCGUUGCUGGCGCAUUUGGAUGCGUCCAAGGAUUCCGCAGCCCUGUCCCUGGCCUAUGCGUCUGUGGGAGAUGAUGGAUGCACGGCCAUUGCUCGCUACAUGCGCGAGAAUGUGAUGCUCCGGACUUUAGACCUGCGCGGGAACAACAUCCGAGCUGAUGGGCUGGUGGUACUUGCUCAUGGUUUGAGAUCAGGCGGAAGCAACAUGACCAGCGUCUGCUUCAAGUGGAAUCAAAUUGGUAGUCACCCUCGAGGUGUUCAAGCCCUCUGCGAUGUCCUAAAGGACAACCAGUCCAUCACCCAUGUGGAUUUGCGGAACAACAAGAUAGGAGCAGAUUGUGGCCCCUUCGUGGGCGACAUGUUGCGUCACAACAGUACAGUGACUCACCUGGACCUCAGUUGGAAUGACCUGGGGAUCGAAGGUGGCAAGGCCAUCUUGGAUGGCAUGCAGGCCAAUCAUUCCCUCAUCGAUUGCCAGUUGAGUGGCAACCGCAUUGCAGAGGACACGUUGCAUGCAAUCGCCUUCAUUCUUCGCCGAAAUCGUCAGACGGCUCCCAUGGGCGCGAGCACCUUCCGCCAGGAACGCCAGAUGAUGGCGCAGGAUCCUGGCUCUCCCGGUCCCAUCUCGCCCACCUCUGGGCACGCGCCCACCACGCCGGUCUCCCCCGGAUUCGGCGGCACCACCCCGGCAUCACCCGGCUUUGGGAGCACUACCCGCUCGGUGAACAUGAACAUCCCAUCCGAGGCAGCUCCCAGUCCAGCGAGUCCAAAGGAAGGCCCUGCCACCAGCUCCCUGCCCGCGGCGACGCCCAGCAAGGUACAGCCGCCGGUGCAUGAUGAGGAGUUGACUCUGAAGCUGCUUCAGCGGGAGCAGAAUCACAGCAACGCGGAAGACGCCAGGUUUUUCGGUGAGGUGGCAGAGUACAUCGAUCUCUUACAGCUGGAUGUGGCCAGAAACAAGAAAUACCGCAUGGAUGCCGAGGAGAGGGAGCGAGUGGUCACCAAGGGCUUCAUGGAGCGUGAGAUGCGCUAUGCCCAGGAGAUGUGCGAGCUCGAAAAUCUCCUGGCGAAAGCGAAGGCGGAGAAGGAUGAGAUCCUGCACGACUGCGCCUAUGUCCAACAUGAGAUCGACCGGGUGCGAGCCGAAAAGGCCAAGACGGUGGAUGACCGCAACAAGAUGGAGGAGGUGGCGCGGGCCACCUCGGACAGGCUCCGAGCAGAUAUUCGUGAUGCACUCACCAUGAAGGCAGACUUCGAAACGCAAAUCUACAAGACAAAGAGGCGGCAACAAGAACAAGAGGAAGAGAAUGCAAGGUUGAGGACCUACCUCAGCAAAUGCAAAGAAGAUUUGGACCGCGCCUUGCGAUAGCCUUCCCAAAGGUUUCACCCAGCUGGACCCGAGCUCAAAAACUGAGCUCCAGCAGCGCACCCUCCACGUGUGAUUGUCUGCCGACCUACAGCUGUGAACGUUUGUUGAUGUUUGUAAGCAGG